UUUCAUUUUAAGUUCAUUUUAUACUAUAAAUGAAAAUUCAAACUGAAUAGUAAUUUCAGAGCGAAGGAGUAAUAAAGAAUAAGGGUAAGAUGGUCUUUCCCGUCUCAGGUGGCCCUCUGAUGAAUCCCCUCAACCGCGGACAAGACCGCUGGCAGUUCGGAACUGGGGAAGGAGAAAAAACCAGCUGAGCUGAAACAUGAAGAAUUCAUCCGAUUCUCGCAACAUUACACAAAACUUUAUAGUGCCCAUAGCUCUAGCGUUUGUUUUUGGUUCUCUCGGAGCUGUUUCAGUGGUUGUACCCAAUACCACUUGCUAUGUCUUCGACAAUUCCAGCCGCAUUUACGAUUUUGUAUCCUAUUAUUUUUCUCUUAAUCAAUUUACCGCCAUGAUUGUUAAUUUUAGUUUACAUGCAUUUUAGUGAUUAUUAUGUUAAUUAAACAGUUAGACAUUGUUUCGUUCGCUUUUCCUUGACAUAAUAAUGUUUAGAGUAGUUGGAUUGGAUAUCCUUUUGAGUAUGAUGGGAAGGAUUCGGAUUUGGUUAUACGAUUUUGUAAGGAUGUCGAAACUCGAUCACAUGCGGUAAUGUUCUUCUGUUAGUCUUACUCCUCCAAAUACGAAAACAGAAAUGUAGUUUCUGAAGAUUUUUUGAUAUCUUUGUAUGACCAUGAUUCAGUGCCGAUUUUGGAUUGUACUUUGAACUCUUAGAAUUUUCAUAUAUUACUCUGGAUAGACUAUGGAAAUGAGGGAACUGUUGUCCCCUAUGUUCAUGCUCCGUCAUAUGUUUUCUGGUUUCUAUUUAUGCAUAGUGAACAAUACUUGCAGGGAUACUUGGAUUUUGGCAGAUUUGACAAAGUAAGCCAUUUUGUUUCUGGAUCUGGAAAUGUGAAUUUUGUCCAACGUUAUUACAAUGGUGACCUGAUGAAUUGUGAGCAAAGUUUUGAUAAAAUGGGACGAACAGCACAGGUCAGCAUCAUUUGUGGAAAUUGCCCUAAUGGACAAUGCAGAGGUGGCCUUGGAUGUGUAUGUGAUGUGACAUAUGAAUCUACUUGCAGAGUUCUGGUUGAACUUGCCAUUCCUUGUGCAAAACCAGGACCACGAGUAUUUGAAGGCUUCACAGUUGGUUUUCAUCCCCGGUCCUGGGAGAUAGUUUAUAAUGGCAUGACUCAAUUAGGUUUUGAGAAGGCACGCGAUGACUUCAGCUUCAGCACAGACCAAACACAUGUAGUACUUUACAUGACAGCCAUAGCUUCACAGUCCAGUUUAGUGCAAAAGCCUACAAUCAAGGUUUCCCCGGAGCAAGGUCUGGAAGUUAGGCUAUCAGGUUCAGGAUCAACUGGUGGUGCACCAACAACCUUGUCACCCUCCACGUUAUUGAUAGACUGGACAUGUGAGAAGGCUCGUGACUCACCAUUUGAAGUUGAAGUGACCAUCCCGGUGGAGAAUUACGAUCCUGUUCAGUUUACUCUUGCAAAAAGAUGUGAUUAUGGACAGAGCGGAAGUGCAGAUGCCGUAAGAGGAUGGGCAAUAUUUGGAAUCUUCGCUUGCGUAUUUACCGUUCUCUCAACAGUAUUUUGUGUUGCGGGGUUUGUCUAUAAAUCACGAGUUGAGAACCAGCGGGGACUUGAUGCAUUGCCGGGAAUGACAAUUUUAUCAGCUUGUUUGGAGACUGUGAGUGGAGCUGGUCACAGCUAUACGAGACCAGAAGAUACCAACAGUGCAUUUGCAAGUCAAGCCUCGUGGGAAAGCCAUCCUGGUGCGGGUCAAGCAACGAGAAGAUCAGAUGAAAACAGUAGAUAUGGAGCGAUUUAGAUAUUUCACGGCGUCAAGAUUCUAGCAUAACACGCAAAGGAUUAGUUCUUCUUGCCGUUCCAGAGUUGGAAAAUGUGGUUGCUAUCCACUGUGGUUACAAAAAUUUUCAGGUUUGUUGUAUCAUAUCCGCAUGUUUAACUGCUACAACAUGUAAUCACAUAUGUUUAGGCAAAGCCUUCAUUUACACGCGUACAUACGGGUUAUCAUUUUUUCCCUCCCAUUAGGGCACUUCAGAUAACGGCCUUCAAAUGUAUCAAGUUUUUUGGUCCUUGUUCCUUCCCUUUGUGGGAAGAUUUGUGCAUAAAUUCAUGUACUCCCAAUACGAUGCAGUCCAUUAGUAUGUUACAACCAGAGAAAAUGUUCAACAAAUGAUUCCUAGUUCAUUAACCGUCCAUGGAAUGCAGUGGGGUGUGACUACUUCCAUAUCAAAUCUGUUCCACCGAGUCUAAACUGGCGCUCUGGAAAGAUAAACCCAAAAAAAUAAUAAUAAUAACAAGGACGAACAGUUGAAAAAUCUCAUUCAACUACCAGAUUUCCCAAUAUUAGAUUUCAUGUUCUUUUUUUCAUAUAGUAACUGGAUUUAGAUUUUUUUUUUUUUUUUUUUGGAUGAAAAAGGAACAACUAGAACUCGCUGAGAUAUGGUGACAUACGACUCCUGAUUCCUGAAACAUCAUUAAAAAAAAAAAUAAAAAAGCGCAUACUAUAACUUAGUCCGGAGGAAACAAAUCGGACACGUCUGCUCCAAAAACGUCGACGGUAUCCGGAGGAGGGAUUAGCGGUGGCGGCGGUGGUGCUGCUGGUGGCGGAGCUAUCGGUGGAAGUGGUGGCCGCACGACACGCUUAAGCACCAGCACCACCGGAAGGACUGUAACCGAGGCUAGAAGACCGCCGGCAAUGAAAGCCUCAAGUGGGGUUACUGGGUCGCAAAUCCUAGUGAUGAACGAUUUGGCUCUGGCUUCGCCAAAUGCCUCCACAAGAUAAUUUUUUGCAGUUUUUGGGUGAAUUCAUCCAGAGGACCGUUGGUUCCCACUGUCUGUUCGGACGAUCCAGUAAUAGCCUCAUUUCUUCCAACAGAAUUCCCAAUUAGAGCACCGACUAUAUUCCCAUGGCCGCUCCCUUGUGAUAGAGGAGAAAACUGUAAAAGAAAAGGAGGAUUGGAUGUUGUACCACGCCGAGAGCAUUAGGGUUACGAAGAAGAAAAGAGGGGCGUCACGAACAGAGCAUUCGCGACAAUUGCGCCCCUAAACUGUAGUUACAGAUAUACUAUCAAGUCUCAAGUCAAUCAAAACCCAAUGCGGGCAUAAGUCAAAGGCCCAAUUCUGAUCAGUCAAAUCGGAUAAACUGUUGUCAUGAACCGGGUCAACAAUAGAUAUAGUUAGAACUAUAGGACUGUACUGUAUUUUUGUUAUUAGUAGUGUAUUGUUCCGGAUUGUAUACAUACGGCUGAUCUCAAUUGUAAAAUCUACCGAUUGAAUGAUUGAUCAUAUGAAAUGAGACCAGUAUUGGUUCUUUUUCC